AUGCGAUCCACGCCGGGAGAGCUGGCAGGCGUCUCAGGCGCUGCCCUUCAGCGAGGGGGUCUUGAGGUGGAGAAUUACCAGUUGCUGAGUGAGAACGGCUGUAAGGCCGCGCCACGCGUGCGUGCACAUGAAGUUAGCACGCAGGCCACCGACAGCGAAUUGGUCCCUGGUGGCUUUCUCCAUUAUAUCGAGCCUGGUAACUUUGACCGUCUUAUGGAUCCCUUUGAUCACCUUCAGCUGCGUCCAACAGCCUUGACCGCAAAGCAUGAACCAGGAUGGAACGAGUUCAGUCCACAAUUAGAGACCUCAUGCGCUAGCCGCAUGGUGAGGAGGGCCAUCAGCGACGCGCUGGUAGGGCGUCGGCGCUGGGAUUCCGCGGAGGUGAUCGAAGAGAUUAACCAGGCCUUUAACUCGAGUGCAUCCGUCCGGAAAGAGUACUUCAGCAAAUGGCGCAAGAGGGCUAUCCCCAUUGCCGUGGCCGCGUACGUGAAGUUCCGCAAACACGAACGCCAGUACUUUGGGAAGUCUGGCUAUGACUAUCGCAACACCGCGCCUGCGCCCAAUCCCGUCCCCGCCCAUGUGUCCGAAGCCAUUGAGGAAGCAUUGAAAGAAGCUGGCGUGACCGAGGACGCUGUACAACUUCCCCGUUUCGGCAGUCGCGGGUUUUCCCAGCAGGUCCAUGACGAUGUGAAAGCAAUCCGUCCGGUCGUGCGCGACUUGAUGUGGCGCCGCCGUAUCGAUGAACUCCUUGAUCCCAUUGACCUGUUCAAUGCAUGGAUUAAUCCAGCGUUGCUGUGGUGCGUCGGAGGAGUAGCACAAAGCAACCAACCUGCUACCGCUCCUGCGGAGGACGCCGACGAUGAACUGUCCGACUACGGCAGUGCCAGGUCUCCUGACGUAUCAGGCUUGUUUGUCCAGGCUCUCUCAUCAUUGUUCGUUAAAUGCAGAUACCGAUCUCCGCCUACGCCGUUAAUUAAUCCUAAAGCCCUGGCAGCGUUACCUGGAGAUGCAUGCGUUGCUGAUGAUUUAAUGGUGCAGGAACUUGAAGCGGUUGAGUUUGAUACCGCAAUGGAUCUAGAUGGGAAGUUUGAAGAGCUUCCGCCAGAGAUUGCUAUUGUUCCGGAUCUAAUGGCAACCCUAGUCCUAUCUCUAGCCUUAGCCCUCUACAUCUACGCGACUUGA